UGACAGAUUACUAAAGUUAUAUGCAAAGUAAUUUAAAUUAAGAGUGGCAGCUAUUAAGAACUCGACAAUGACACCAUAUUUAAGCCACAGUUUUCUUCUUGCCAAAAAAAUAGAAAAAAUUCAUUUUUCAGUUUUCUCUUGUUCAUACAAGUUGUCUAGUUUUGUUAAGAGAAAAAAAAUUAGAUUUUGGAUGAAAUGGGCAUUUUAGUUGACCCAUUUUUUCUUCUUGUACUUUUUGUUUCUUCAACAAACAGCGAAAUAUGCAGACCAAAAAAUACGGCUCUGAUGGAGGAGCCAUUCCUCCUCCCAAUCGGUCCCAAUCACGGCGAUUCGUUCAAUCGGAAAACACCAACCAGUUGCUCCGAACCCAUAUCUGUCCCUUUUCCAAUCAAGAUAGGAUCAAAAAGCUAUACAACCUUGUAUGUAUGCAACAACGGUUUGAUCACUUUCGGCGAUCCAGUGAUUUCCUACCAGCCCGCGGACUUUGACAGCAUGACUACCCCUGUGAUCGCGGCCUUGUUUGAGGAUAAUUUGAACGGCGACAACUUCCUCGACCAAAUGUGUCUCCAAGAUGGCGGCGCAUACUACACUGAAACCAUGUAUGAAACUGAAAGGAUCUGCUGGUACUACUGGAACUACGAACCAACAUCGGCCAUCAACUACCUCGGUUUCUCCUACGACUACAUAGACGACGCCCGUCUAAAAGCUGAGAUCAAGACUUUUGCUGAAAAACCUCUGACCAGGGCCGAACUGACGCUUGGUUUUGACGACUGCAUAACAGGGACUUUAAUGGGAGAAGAUAAAGUCAAGUACAUCAAUCUGGCCAACAAUGUGAUGAAACGAGAGAUGUCAACAAGUGACAUAGAAGUAGUCCAGCAACUCAUAAACGACAAGUUCCCCGGACAAAUUGUCAAGUGGGGUUUCGUGGCCACAUGGUACCAAAUCAGUCCCUACCCAGGCCGCCUGGAUGCAUUCAACAGCUACCAGAACCUUCUGUUUUGUACAGAAUCGCCCCCAACCAGUGAUCCAGGUUCUUUUGAUUUGUGCUAUGUGCUCUUCGACUUUUUCGAGAUUCAGUGGCUGUACACUAAAUGGGAACGAGUCAUGGCCGGAAGAGUUGGAAUCAACGACGGCGAAGGAUCAAUUGUGGAGCUACCUUACGCUGGAUCUUCUCAGCUUAAGAAAUUAUACCUGUUCUCAAACAUCAGGGAUCCUGGUCUCUGGCUAUACAGUAUAAGUCAAGGGAACACUCCAAACCCAGCAUCAAUCGUAUCUCAGGGAAAUUUUGACGUGAACGAUGUUUUCGGUAACAUCGCAUGCGAAGGUCCAUUGUUGACCCUUGAGGAUGCAGCUUGGGCACCUCAUAGUAGUCCAGUAGAGUUCAAAAUUCAACGAUGUACACUGCCUGUACACACCUUUCUGGGUGCCCAGGUGGUAGGUCAGAACAACCUUGAGACUAUCGAAACAGACGACAUUCGAUAUAACAAAGACACUUUCGAAAUUUUCAUGAAUAUCACCUGGUACUUCCGAGAGCCAGUCGUUGUCAUUCUCGUUCUGGACACAGUGCCUAUCAAUGUUCCAGCUUUGAUGAAAAUGGUAUUUUUCUACGAUCCAACAGAAGACCGAAAGAAGAUGCUAGAAUUUGUUCAAGACAAUUCAAUUAUUUCUGUCACAGAUGGAAAGGGCGAUGAUUUGAUCGACAAACCAAAUUGCGCGCAAAAUGGCAUUAAAUAUAAUAAGCCAAAUGAACGCCCGGAUGAUCCAGGUUCUAAGGGACCACCACCAGCUAAAGAUAUAGCUAUACCAGGUGAAGGUCAGUUUCAAUAUAACAUAUCCCUAGAAGUCGACGGCGAUACGGAAAUCAUCCGGCUUCACAUAUGUUUCGCAAAUUUCACACUGCCCAUGAAGAUUGAAAAAACGGAAGAAACAAACGCUGAAUAUACGUGCUCUGACUGGGAUGAACAAGAAAGGACAAAAGACUAUUCAGAAUGUGAAGAAAAACUAGAGGAAGUAAGGGGGUGUCCAAGACAACCGAGUGGGUUGAGUCAUCCUGAGAGAGAGGAUGCUUGGUGGGCCGAGAGGGAAGUUUUGACAGGUGCAAAUGAAAAUCGGUGGAAAUAUGACAUUUGUUGCUCCCAGGAAAACACCGAGGAGUCGGAGCAGAUGAAAAAAAUGGGCUUUUGCGAUCCCAAAAAGUGUGAGUUUAAUAGCGGCGCCACUUUUUGCAUCCAGUCGCCACAAGAGAAAUGCAAAGAGAAAAACAGCCAAAAAACUAUUUACGUCUCAAACCAGUGCUGUUACAGAGACGUCUCUUAUACUGUUAUAGAGUAUAAGAGGAAAAAAGUUUGCGGUUGGAUUAGAAGAAUUUUGCGGUGGUUUAGUUUUGGUUUGGUUAACAGAUGUAAGUGGAAAACAGUUGUUGUAAGAGUUGAGAAAAGAGAUAGGAGCCUCAUUUUAUCAGGAGAGGGAUCAGGCUAUAUGUCAGUUCAAAAAAACUCCUUGUACAAUGUGGUUCCCUACUAUUAUGAUCAAAUUCGAGCCUACGAAAGAUGUACCACAGGUUCUGCGCCAUCAAACGGGUUGGAGCUGUUUAAAAGACACAGAAAAACAAUAAUUGCAGAAUACAAACCACGCCGAAGCGUCUUCCCUCGUGGGGAUCCAAGCAUCCCGACCCUUGAUGGUCUGCAGUACCCUUUCAUGGGAAUUGGAGUCUACACACUGCUCGAGUCUUCUCUUGAAGAAUCGACAGCCAUCCAGGCCAGCAUGAGACGCUUGGGCAACGGAACCGUGUUUUCAGGACUCGCGUUAUCUUACCCCAAUCACUCGUUGGAAUGUUAUAUUGACUCACGAGGCGAGUUUUCAUACGCGUUAAACGGAUACAAGAUGACAUUGGAUGGUCCGAAGGAUUACAUUCUACACGGUUUCUCAGUGACUCGAAACACAAACAACAAACAUUUCACAUUCGAACUUCUUGAAAAUAGCCUGAGUCUUCAAGUAAUAAUUACGGACAAUUACCUCAACUUUGUCAUAACUCCCCCAGACGAAUUCAGAUCAAACAUGGAUGGACUCCUGGGGCAUUUUGAUGGCGACUCAUCCAAUGAUUUCACCGCGAAAGAUGGCACAGUUGUGCCGGUGGGUUCCGACCCAUACGUCAUACACGACCAAUUUGGAGAGACAUGGAAAGUGGAAGAAUCUGAUUGGCUGUUCAAUCUAUACGCUCACAGCGUUCAAAUCAAAAAUGACACAGAAAACGGCGUCGGUUUUGUUCCAGUGUUGGAACCACACUUCGCCUCAGAUGGGAAACGUAUCGAAGCUGAAAACGCCUGCGAUAACAACAAACACUGCCUGUUAGAUGUGUAUCUAGCUGGUAUCGGAAUGGCGGACAAUUACAAAGCUCUGGAAGAAACUUCCCGCAAUGUCAAUUUUUGGAACGAAGUCAGGAUAGUGAUGGAUUCGAACGGAACGCUAAAUUUUUCCCAGGCCUCUCUCGACGUAUUCAACGACCCCACUUCUAAUUUCACAUCUGGGACCAACACAACGUUGUUUGAUAACUCAACUUCCAUUAAUCUACAGACCCUGCCACCAGGCCUUGAACAUAUAGAAAAUGGUACAAUUUUCAACAGAACAGAUACUCGUUUCGACAUGUUCCCUACUCUGGAGCCAGAAGGACCAGCGGAAACUACUUCUGCAACCAACAGUCAACCCGUUUCUACUACGGCGCCAGAAGCAACAGCUGGAUCUCCCUCUGGAGCCAACAUUGAAUUUGCUUCUACUGCGGCGCCAGAAGCACCAGCUGGAUCUACCUCUGGAGCCAACAUUGAACUUGCUUCUACUACGGCGCCAGAAGCACCAGCUGGAUCUACCUCUGGAGCCAACAUUGAACUUGCUUCUACUGCGGCGCCAGAAGCACCCGCUGGAUCUACCUCUGGAGCCAACAUUGAACUUGCUUCUACUGCGGCGCCAGAAACACCCGCUGGAUCUACCUCUGGAGCCAACAUUGAACUUGCUUCUACUGCGGCGCCAGAAGCACCAGCUGGAUCUACCUCUGGAGCCAACAUUGAACUUGCUUCUACUGCGGCGCCAGAAGCACCAGCUGGAUCUACCUCUGGAGCCAACAUUGAACUUGCUUCUACUGCGGCGCCAGAAGCACCAGCUGGAUCGACCUCUGGAGCCAACAUUGAACUUGCUUCUACUGCGACGCCAGAAGCACCAUCUGGAACUACUUAUGAAAAGCCAUCAAGUGAGAAUGAAGAUUCCUCGAGCAGUGAAGACGGAAAGUCUUCUCUUGAAGGUUGGAAAAUUGCCCUAGUAGUCAUGGCUUCUCUGAUCGGUGCUGUGGUUGCCGUUGGAGCAUCGAUUGCUAUCAUCUCUAUGUUAGUCAUGAAAAACGCCGUCACACCUGGAGGCAUGCAACAACCUCAAAGUCGUUACUAUGAAAACCAUGACAACUUAAAUGAGCCAAACUCUCGCGAAAACACCAACAUGACUCGCAGUCAAAUUUUUGAUAACAGUAUCUGAGAUUGAGACUAAUCUCAAAUUAAAAUCAGCUAAUCUAAUCCUGGUCACAUACUAACUAAGAACAGAGCUUAAGUCGAGGCUUAUAAACAUAUUUUGGUGAAUUGAAUUGCUGUUUUUUAUGCGGAAAAGUAACAACCCGAAAUUUACUUCUAGCUGUAAAUGUGCUACAGAAUGCAUUUUAGAUAGAUGAACUAAUGGUUCUUAAGUUGAUGUGACUUGAUCUCGAAAUUGUACUUUAUUAAAGACUAACAGACUGAUGUUAUAUAUUUUUAAUGCCUAUAAUUUAGAUGCUUAUUUCAUAUGCCUUGAUAUUACACUGCUGAAAUUC